AUGGCCGAGCCUCCCUUUCAGAUGCCCGGUCAUCGGUGGGAUCCAGACAAGAAACGGUUCUUCAAGAUCCUGCCGGGUCAGAUGCAAUCGAAAUCUUUCGAUAGCGACACGGCUUCGGGAUCGACAACUAAGCGUUCGCGGAAGGGCAAGCAGCGAGAGGUACCACCGCACGAGGGCAAUCUCUUUUCGGAGACACAUUUUCCCGCCAUCGACGUCCGAACCUCCGCUCAAAAGCUUUCCAAUCACAAGAGCGCUUUUCAAGAGGUCACCGUCGACCCUGUCACGCUCCGGCAACACGGCAGGCUGCCACUGCAUGCCCGACAAAUCAGCGAGCAACCUCGCAUCCAGGCCGCCUACUCCCAUCUCGCGCUGUGCACCGCCAGAAGGCCCUUCCGUGCCUUUCCGCACUCGACCGAGGUCGUCGAUCUCCUGAGCGAUCCAGACGCCUACUCUCUUGUCAUACUCGGCAAUGGAUGGAUAACCAGGAGCUAUCCGACACAUGCCGACUUUCGAGUCUUAUGCGACACGCGCUACAUUUGCGGUGGGCAGAGGCCUUCUUUCAUGUGGAAAAGCUCCGACCUGCUUUGGUACGGCUGCUUUGACUCGGAAGGCCAGCAGAGCGGCAUCUUUGUCAAGAUGAUGUCUCCGCGUGCUACAGGAACACAGCCGUCGUAUUUGUCAGAAUAUUCAACCUCGCAAUUUUUGAAGCAUGAUGCACCCAUCCGCAGUUGCGGUCAGCAAGCAUGGGCAUUUGCCGAGGUCUUCGAUGUUCCCCGCAACGCGCGACCGGCGAGCAAUGGAUCGCAUACUGCGCAGCCCCGAACGCGAGGAGGAAGAGGUGCAGUCUUGUACGCCCUGUCGAUGGGUAAGAAAGUCAAAAUCCUCACCUACCACUUGCCGAUUGCAGGGCUAGACCCCUCGCUGGCUGCUUCAGCCACAAUCUCGUCCGCCAGCGAUGUCAUGGCGCUCGCAUUCGAUCUCAGCGGCGAAUCACUCUACUGCGGCACUCGGUGUGGCCUGGUCAUGGUCUGGCGACGUCCUACCAGCAGCUCAGCGAUUGAGCCACCGCAACAUGUGAUGCCAGUCGACGCCGAGGGCUCCGUGACAAACUUGGCCGUCGUUUCGCCCACUGAACUGCUCAUCGUACGCAUCAAUGGGGUCGUUCAGCUCGUCGACAUGGCCACGGGUGAGACCCGGCAGCGAUACAAAGGACACGUCAAUUCGUAUCAAUACAAACUUGCCAUUACGAUCGACAAGAGAUCGCGGAUGUUUGCAUUGGCCGGACUCGAUCGUCGAGUUCGUGUGUGGUCGAUCGACUCGCCUCUGCCCCUGGGCACAACGGCAACGUUCCUGCCUCCAGUCUAUCACCCUCCUCAAAGGUUCCGAGAGGGCCAGUCACUAGUCAAUCAGUCUUUGUACGACGAGUCCGAAGACGAAGCUUUCAUCAACGCACAUCCUGCUUCUAAUGGCGACACAGGGAUUAGGAGGGGCUCGACGCUGAGCACCGUCAUCUUUGCGCAGGACCCGACCGUGCUGCGCUGGCAUCCACGAUAUGUCUUUGAAGGAAUCGACCCGUACGAGGCCGAAGCGAUAGUUCAAGGACAAGGUCACCGAUCUUGGCCACCGAAAUCGCAGUGGAACGACCUGUACGUCGCGGUGGGCCCAUGGGUCUACCAGUUUCGAUUCCCGUAG